AUGGCGAUCGAAGUCGUCGACCUGACCGAGGCCGACAUCCCCGGCGCCAUCCAAGUAAUUCAGCAAGCGUUCGCCGACGACCCAUAUUACAAAUGGGUAUUCGAUGCGCCCACGUUCAACAAACAAAGAAACUACGCCUCACUCUCCGCUCGCUGCCACUGGGGCAUCAACAACGCACUAUUCCAAGUCGCAAAAGACACAUCCUCGCCAAACUCCCCAGUCCUCGGUGUCUCCUGCUGGCUCGCACCCCAACCCGCCUCCCAACCGGAAAGCUGGUACUCCUGGACCCAGUCAUGGAUCCUCUCAUUCAGCCAGUUGUGCAACAACGUCCGCUAUCUAGGCCACGGGGGCCUGCUCACGAACCGCUACUGGAUCUGGAAACAGAACCAGCAGGAAGCGCAAGCGCAGAUCUGGGAUGAUCCUCGCGGUUAUUACUUUUGUAAUAUUGCUGCUGUGAGUCCCGAGGUGCAAGGGAAGGGGAUUGGGGGAUUGCUUUUUAAGACCGUUUUGGAUAAGGCGGAUCGGGAGGGAAUUAAGUGUUAUUUGGAGAGCUCAAAGGACGUACCUAAUGUGCAGAUUUAUGAACGAAUGGGGUUUGAGAUGAGGAUGGAGAUGGAGUGUCGCGAUGGCGAUGAUGCUUGCAUGCUGUACUGCAUGGUGCGGGAUCCCAAGACCUAG